CAAGCUAAUUAGCAGGGCAGGGGGGGUGAGGGGGGGUGUUAUACAAUGCAGUUCGCUUUAGUUUUCCCUCUUUUCUCUCUCUCUUUCUUGUUUUAUUAUUAUUUCGAGCCGCUUCAAGACAUAACACACUCACACCAUGGGUAUCUUUACCGAGGAAAUACCGAAAACUUCAAUCACCUUUUAUAUCGGUAUGCUCUAUUGGACCAAAGAAGAAGAAAAAGAAAAGGUUGUUGUUUCUUUGUUGCACCAUGUGUUGAAUUUGGAAUCAUACUUUACAUGUCAAUGUAGAGCGACUCUCGAACUAUGAAGAGAUUGACUGGUACAUUGUGCAACAAUUGACCGAGUCGAUUCAAAUGCAAGAGGGUGGACCGAGAGAAGCUAUUGAAGCUAUGCGUAAGCGACUUAAACACGGCACUACUCAGCAAAAACUGCGAGUGAUCGAUGUGCUUAAACUACUCAUGGAGAACACCAGUGAAAAGUUUCACCGGCAACUCUUGUCAAACGAUAAAAUGCGGGAACGACUUGAUCUGAUCGUGUCGUCAUCGACCGAGGACACCAAAGUACGCAAGGCAUUGCUGAGUGUGUUGGGAGCAUGGGCAGUAAAGUACAAGAACGAGCCGGGAAUGCAUGUGUUGGCUGAAUUGUACGAGAGCGGACGCAAGAAAUUAAACUUGCCAAGACGGACAGGCAGUGGUAGUGCAGCGACGACGACGACGCCACGAUCACCCGCGACAGCGGAAGCCACCCCUGCAAUGCCACCACGCCCUACGCAGCAGCAGCAACCCUCGCCACCCACGUCGUCCCAGCAAAAACGCCAAUCAUUACCCCCAACUGCACACACCACAGAAGUUCGCACCAAACCACGAAGUAGCAGCACUGCUGGAUCAGGUGGCAAUAGCAGCAACAACCGAACAACAACGACACAGCGUACAUUCAAUCUCGAAGCAGCCAAGCCAAAGAUCAUUCAAGAAGUGGCCUUGGCGAACCAGAACACCAACAACUUGGUCAACGCGCUCAAGUUCAUCAACACCAGCGAAGAUCGAUGGGAAAUUGAUCUGCAGCAUGACGCACGGCUUCAAGAUUAUCGUCAGCGGUGCGAGGACUCGAAAAAGAAGAUUGUGCGCUAUGCGCGCCUGGUGGAGGAUGAGGAAUGGAUUGGCACUCUACUGGCGACCAAUGAGGAGCUGUUGAAGGCGUUGCAAAUGUAUGAGACCAUGUCGGUCGGUGAAGUGCCAACGAACAUGCCAUCCACCCCGCCAUCCCCAUUAUCGCCCCAGCAUACGCGGUCGCCACCUCCACCACCUAGUCAGCGACAGGAGGAAACGAUGCGUGAGUUGGCUGGGCUACAACUUUCAUCGUCAUCAACAUCAUCACCACCUCCAACAACGGAUAGCAAUCUGAGUCGAGCCUCGGCCGAAAGUGAGAAUCCGUUUGCGGACCCGUUUGCGGACCCCGUGACGCCCGCACACGAAGAUGUAGGCGGUGACAAAAAGCGUUUGGGUGAGCUAGUCCUUUAGGCUGCUAAGUAGCUGUCCUUGCACAUCAUCACGUAUACAUAUAUACACUCGAUACUCGCCUAUUAUUACCAUUCUAUCAACAGCACUACUAUUAGCCUUAUAUAUAUAUAUAUUUCUCUUGCUUCAUUGUUUACCCUUCCCAACUGUACCUUGCGUCUCUCUAUUGCUGCUCUAUCUCCGCAUCAAAAAAAAAAAACUUUUUUUAUUCUCCAGUUGGCUAGCAACUCCGGUUGACAAACUUUAAAAGAAGGGCGCGAAAGAGAAAAAAAAAAGUUUUACGUGUUGU